AUGCUCCUGUUGUAUUUGGGCUUCCUUUUAGUUGCUUAUAUUUUAUAUCACACCUGGUGGAAACGACGAGGCUUGCCUCCAGGACCAACCCCUUUACCAUUUCUCGGUAAGUUGACUUCGUAUGGGACGACUUGGUUCCCUAUAGCCAUUCACCUAAUGUAAGAUGGUUAUGUUCCCAGGCCGUUGAUGUUUCUAUUUCUAUAUGUGACUGCUCGCAAUGUCAACGCUAAAUGCUAUAUUUUACCCCAACAGUGUAGCAACCGUGUAGACUUUUAGAUUAAAAAAGAGUAUACUUUAAAAUACGGACCACUAGGCUCGCACCCCACAAAAGUAUCAUCUAACCCCAAAUUCUACUAUAGGAAAUGCCCUUGAGAUCGCCAAAUACCCAUGUACCGAAGAGGCUCUAAAAACGUGGCAAAAAAUCUACGGCGAUGUUUUCACCUUCUGGUCGGGCGAAAGACCUAUCGUCGCGGUCUGUGAUUACGACAAAAUGGUUCACUACUUUGUAAAGAACGGAGAGCUGUUUCAAGACCGCCCUGAUGACAGCAAUUAUAUGAACUUCGUUGGCCGUGGUUGUCACGGUGUAAUUCAUUUGAGCGGUGACUACUGGAAGAACCAAAGGAGAUUUCUUCUGCAUGCCCUCAGGGAUUUUGGACUGGGAAAAGAUUUAAUGGAACAGAGGGUAAUCUUGCAACACUGUCGCUGAGAAAACGCUUUAUAGAUUGUAGAAGAAUGCGAAGAUUUGUUUGUCAAAAUCCAGAAAACCCUAAGCAAAUCUUCUUCCGACAUAGACCUUCCUAAUUUCAUCGAUGUGGCCAUUGGAUCCAUUAUUAAUAAUCUUCUGUUUGGAUAUCGUUACACCGAAGACAAACUCUAUGAAUUUGAUGACCUAAAACAACGUGUAAAGCAGUAUGUCACCGCAAGUGGGCAACCGGCUGCUUUGAUAUGCCGAUCAAAUCCUCAAUUCUACGAGAACCUACCGUAUUUUAAGGAAAAACUUCAACUUGUGCGAAAACUAGAUGUUCAUCUUGUCGAUUUCUUCAAAGUCAGAAUAUUGGAGCAUGUGGAAGAUUUGAAAAAUGAAGAUAUGGCCUCAUUCACGCCCACUGAUAUUGUUGCUUGCUAUUUGAAGGAAAAAAGAAAAAGAGAAGUUGACGGGGAGGAUGCUUAUUUCACCGAUGAACAACUCGUGGGACUUUCUUUCGACGUGUGGGUUGCCGGACAGGUAAUAAAAGUCUUGGAUUUUAAUUCGAAUGCCAAGAAAAGCAAGGAGUUAUAAUUAAUAAUGUUGAAAACUUCAGGAAACCACGGCAAACACUCUUGGAUGGGCGUUCGCUUUCAUGAUUCAUAAUCAAGACGCUCAAAAGAAGGUCCAGGAGGAGCUGGAUGCGGUUAUUGGAUCGGAUCGGGUGAUUACAACGGCUGACCGGCCACAGUUACCGUAUCUUCAAGCUGUUUGCAAUGUGAGAACUAACUUUUAAGGCGAUUACACCCUCCCCAAAAAAUGUCUACAAAAACUUUUAUCGACCGUUUAGGAAACCCAACGCUUGGCCAAUAUAGUUCCCACUAAUGUUGUUCACGCUACCAGUCAGAACGUCGAGGUAGAUGGCUAUAUGCUGAAGAAGGGUACUACAAUUACUCCUUUGCUAUGCUCAGUAUUGUCCAACGAGAAGGUAAACAAAUAAUAUCACCCAAUACUAAUCUAUCUCGAAAAGUCGCUGAAGUGAUCUGCGAGAGAAAACCUCGCAGUGGCAGCCGCAUUGAAGGAAUCGGUGAAAAAAAACCCAAAAAUGGACAUUUCCGCGUGUCGCUCGCACUCUUACUUUUCGUUCACUGAAAUGCACUGUGAAAAAAGCCAAAAUCACUCAGCGACUUUUUGGAAAGACUAUAAACAAGCUUUUAGUACUUCCCGGAGCCCCAGAAGUUCAAGCCUGAGCGAUUCCUCGAUGACGAUGGGAAACUAAAAAAAGUGGAUGAAAAUAUUCCAUUCUCGCUCGGAAAACGUCAAUGUUUGGGCGAAGGGUUGGCUCGGAUGGAGAUUUUCUUGGUGCUGGCUAAUAUUUUGAACCGAUACAAGGUAAGAAGCCUCAUGGAAGAAUCCCUGUGACUAAGACUCGUGAACAGUUAGUUAGCUUAUCUCAACACUGAAAUGCCUAGCCAAAAAAUUGGAGUGAUCACCUCUCCAGUUUUUGGGAUAACCAUUUCAAGUUUUAAAGCAACUAAGCUUUACGAUGGCGGGUUCUAAUCGAAGUUUUCCCUUCUGGAAAUGGAAAUCCCCUUUUAACAUCGACGAACACUUUCUGUUUUCAGGUUCUUCCUGGGGCCGAACUGCCUUCUCUGGAGAGAACUCGUGGUUUCACGGUCAGUCCAAAACCAUACAAAUGCAAAUUACAACCCAGACAUCUCUAA